CGCCGGGCCAUUCGGAGGACCUGUUGUUCAGCGGUCGGACGCUCCCCUGCAAGGAAGGUGGCAAGAUGGUGUUGGAGAGCACUAUGGUCUGUGUGGACAACAGUGAGUACAUGCGGAAUGGAGACUUCCUACCCACCCGGUUACAGGCCCAACAAGAUGCCGUCAACAUCGUAUGCCACUCAAAGACCCGCAGCAACCCUGAGAACAAUGUGGGCCUCAUCACCUUGGCCAAUGACUGUGAAGUGCUGACCACACUUACCCCAGACACCGGUCGCAUCCUCUCCAAGCUCCACACGGUCCAACCCAAGGGCAAGAUCACCUUCUGCACUGGCAUCCGCGUGGCCCAUCUGGCUCUGAAGCACCGGCAGGGCAAGAAUCACAAGAUGCGCAUCGUCGCCUUUGUGGGCAGCCCCGUGGAGGACAACGAGAAGGACCUGGUAAAACUUGCCAAACGCCUGAAGAAAGAAAAAGUGAAUGUUGAUAUCAUCAAUUUUGGGGAAGAGGAGGUGAACACGGAGAAGCUGACGGCCUUCGUGAGCGCGCUGAACGGCAAGGACGGAACCGGCUCUCGCCUGGUGACGGUUCCUCCGGGGCCGAGCUUGGCCGACGCGCUCAUCAGUUCUCCCAUUCUGGCUGGGGAAGGCGGUGCCAUGCUGGGUCUUGGUGCCAGUGACUUUGAAUUUGGAGUGGAUCCCAGUGCUGACCCUGAGCUGGCCCUGGCCCUUCGGGUCUCCAUGGAGGAGCAGCGGCAGCGGCAGGAGGAGGAGGCGCGGCGCGCGGCGGCAGCUUCUGCGGCCGAGGCCGGGAUUCCUGCGGCUGCGGCUGAAGGUGAAAGAGACUCAGACGAUGCUCUGCUGAAGAUGACCAUCAGCCAGCAGGAGUAUGGCCGCACUGGGCUCCCUGAUCUGAGCAGCAUGACUGAGGAAGAGCAGAUUGCCUAUGCCAUGCAGAUGUCUCUACAAGGAGCAGAGUUUGCUCAAGCAGAAUCAGCGGACAUUGAUGCCAGCUCAGCCAUGGACACCUCUGAACCAGCCAAGGAGGAGGAGGAUUACGAUGUGAUGCAGGACCCAGAGUUCCUUCAGAGUGUCCUUGAGAACCUUCCAGGUGUGGAUCCCAACAAUGAAGCCAUUCGCAAUGCCAUGGGCUCUCUGGCCUCCCAGGCCACUAAGGAUGGCAAGAAGGACAAGAAAGAGGAAGAGCAGAAGUGAGGCUGUGCAGGGGUAGAUGGCCGGAUCUGCUCCGGGGACUGCGUGUGAUGGAGCAGCAUACAGACUUAGAUGUGUUACCUGCAACUUUUACAACCUAAUAAAGCCUGGCAAGUUUU